GUACGGUGUGAUCUCUAUAUCGACGUGCAUCAUUAAGUCAUUGAACACACACACACAUCAUUUAUUUGCAUUCACAGUCAGCCGUUGCCCAUUGAAUCGAAUUACAUCCAAGCGGCUUUGCUCACCAAGUUUCUCCUAAUUGCCAAACACUGCUAUGAAUCAAGAGACUUUGCCACAGCAAUGCAGGUUUUUGGAGGCCUGGAGAAUGUGAUUGUCAGGCAAUUGCCGGCUUGGAAACAUCUGUCUACCAAGGUGUGUGAGGUCCUUGAGGAUCUGCGAGCUUUGCAGGUCUUUCUGAAGAGUGAUAACCUGUGUCUGAUGGGAGGAGAGCAUGUGAGGAGGAGACCCACCCUCCCUGCUGUCCACAUCCUGGCCAUGCACAUCCAGCAGCUGGAGAUAGGAGCCUUCACUCUGACCAGUGGCGCCUACAAGUGGCCAAAACUCAGAACCAUAGCCAAGGUGGUGAGUCAGGUGCAUGCAUUCCAGGAGACGGUGUACUCCUUCACUCCUGACCUGGGGCUGCAGGCCUACAUCAGACUAAGAAUAGCCCACCUCAGUGGCUGUGACAUUCCCCUGCUGGCUGCAGACAACGAGGCCAACUUCCACCACAACCCCGCUGACCGACACACCCGCAGGAUCCAGAACACACUGAAGAGGGUGAAGGCCACCUUCCAGUGACCCGCAUCCUUGCUAAUCUAGGAUCAAUUUGGUCUAUUAAGAUAAAAUGAAUAUGAUUAUAUGGACAGAGAGGACCUAUUCCUAGCCCAGGUCAGACAACUACUCAACAGACUUCGAACCCUCCACACCCCACUGGGUUCCUAUAGUAGCAGGGACUGUGUGGGUGUCUGGGAAAAACUGUUCAUUUUUCUCUGUUUAUUGGUAAUAUUUUUUUGUUGUAAGAAUCCAGCUCAACCUCCCACAUUGCACCCCAUAGCCUGACAACCCACAGCACACAUCCAACUCCUUGAUUAUCUCCAAAGCGGACUCCAAUGCCAAGUGAAACUUUGAAUUGUUUUUUAUUUUAUUUUUUAUAUUGGGAUGAGGAGAGUAGAAAACAGUAUGGGACUUUUAAAAAUCCUUCUGGUGGAGGCAUAUCGAUGCUGGCGUUUCUCUUGCUCGUCUCCGAGACAACAUAAUGAUGAUAAUGUGCAACAAUAUUUCAUGAUGAGUUGACGUCAUGUCUUUAAAUCACUUUAAUUCACUAAGUGUACUAUGCUAAAUGAGAUGUUUUGAUACAACCACAGCUAGCUAAUGACCAUUUUCAUCCCUCCGGAUCACCAUUUUAAAUACAUUGACAAUGGCUAUUUGACAUGAUAAUUACAGCAUUUCAAGAUACAAGAGAAAUAUCAAAAUCCUGAUCUAUUUGGCUAUUAUGACAAAAUGAUUUCAAAUACCUGAAUAAUUGCUAUAGUUCCACACACUAAGUGUUUUUAAAAUAUUUUUUAAACAAACGUUAAUGUUGCAAUGUAACUACGGUGUAUAUAGGAUACAAAUUAUUGCAUAGUCAGACUUGCAAAGGUGAAAUUAGAUCAUUUUCUAAACAUGUGAUUUGCAAACUAAUUGAAACAACUGCAAUAAAUGUUUUAAUAGAUUGAGUUUGCUACACAUUUUGAGCAUGGUAUGCUACCUUCUUAUCCCUGGUUGAUUAAUGCUAAAACAUCAUGAAAUGUUCUGUCUUUCUUUCAGUCAAAAACUAUAUAUAUCAACAUACAUGCAUGUGGCAUAACAAAAACAUAAACAUUGGCAUAAUCAUACUACUAUAUUUAGCACAUUGACAUCUUGUUAAGUUAAUUCUCGUUUUAAAUGAUGUACUGAAUAUGAGAAUUAAGUGCUGUAGUUACAAUUAUUGUAUGUCUCCUAGCACUAUUUCAAGCAUCUAAAAACGCAAAGUAAAUUACCUUGUAAUCUUUCAUGUUUCAGAGUCUGAUGUAAAUGUGCUAAAUAUGUUAGUUUAUGCCAAAUGCCUCUUUUUGGGGGGUCUUUUUCCACGUAUGUUCAUAUAUUUUCUAACUGAAAGAAAAGUUCCUGAUUUUUUUAUAUAACUCAUCAACCAGGGGACGAGAAUGUAGCCCACCAUGCUUAAAAUGAGAAGCGAACUCAAUCUAUGAAAAGAUGUAUUGUAUCUUACUUGAGUUUUUGUAUGGAUUUAUAGCAACACCACAAACAAACAGAAACGACCUGAUCGCUGAGGAUCGAAGAGCAUGCGUCAGUGACAGGCUCAUUGUGUGUGGAGAUGUUAUAGUUGUGGGUCCAAUGUGUCUCCGACUACUAAGGACGUUGCCACAGAGGCCAGGAAAUAUGCUCUGUAUGGAAACGACUUCCCCCGGCGGCGUCCCGUGAGGACCGGACAGCAUCCAUUGUUAUCUGACGGGAUCAGGGCACCUCUUCAAAGCACUCGAGAUAAAGGGUCGUAAUUGGGAGGCUGAGAAGCAAUAGUCAGAUCAUCGAUAAAGGAGACAUUCAAUAUAUCCUUAUCUGCAUUGUCAUAGCUAAGCGAUAAUUUUAGGGGUAUUGUCCCGUAGCUGCUGGGGGUCUUCCAUCUGAAGAGACUGAAACACGUGAAGGGCUUCGUAUACAGAGAGAAGGGACACCUGGCGACAUUGGCCUGGUUGGAUCAUUUGGGUUGACCAAAUUUCUUCAACUUCCCAUUUCUAGAUGUUUUUGACAUUCUUUCUGGCGAACAUCUGGCUGGAAUGCAAUUUUGGACAGGCCUCUUUGGGGAUAUUUUACGCAUGUGUAAGCAAUGCAAAACCACAUGUACCCAAGCCAAUGUAGGCGUUUUUCAGACUUCUUUAGAGCUUGCUCUCCAUGAUUUACAUUACAAUCAAACCUAAUUGUGUUGCUACUGUAAUACCUUUGAUCUGUAAUGUUUAAACCGAUUGCGCCAAAUGCUGUCUCGUUGGGCCAGUGGCGCCAGUGCUCACCGGGGUAUCGAAGAGGUGUUAAUGCUAAACCAUUAGAGUAGUAUUUUACUUGCCUUUGCUUUACAUUUGAUUUCAGUGUUGUGGAAGGGGCUUAGAAAGGAACGAUGUAAAUGAUCAGUCUGCAAUGUUGUGUAAAAUCAUUUAAAUAAUUAAUAUCAGAGUGGUCAACUGUAAAGGAUUAUAAAAUAUCAUUCCAUUCCCAUAAAAUCAUAGAGGCCACAGUAAUUGCUUGAAAUGUAUGUGUACGAUCCCACGACCGUCUUUAAACGUUUCAAUCAGGUGGGGUGCAGAACUCCACCACUUUCGGUUUAGUUUAAUAAAAGAUACUGUUGCAAAAGCGUUAAAGGGAGGGGCAAAGUGCUGUUUUUUAGACCGAUUAGCCUCGCGAUGUGUGAACUCGUGCAAACAUUAUCUGUCAAUCAUUUUGGAUUUAAAAGGUCUAGGUAGCCUAGUCAGCCCAAGUUGAAUCAAUAAUCACAAUAGACCCGGAGUUAUUAGGCCUACAUGAUGCAAACAUGCACAAAGCAGUUAUAUUGUCCAUUCAUGUUGCUGUCACUGUUUCUGUGUAGGCUAGAGGACACCCCCCU